AUGUAAAAUAGCUCAUAUCAAGUUGCUUUCAAAAACUAUUGGUGCCAUUUAUGUUAAAAUGAAUAACAUUAUCGUUUGGAAGGUGAAUAACUGAAUUCAGAAUAAUUCUGUUAAAAUUGUGGAUGUGUCUUAGAACAAAUAGUUACCAAAUAAAAUCACCCAAAACAAUACUAAAUCUAUUAAUAACAACCCAGAAUAUAGAGGGUGUUUUAUCACAUCAUAUUUUUCAAUGAUGUUGAGAAUGAACAUUAAAAUGUUGGAGCCACUGAAGAUCAAAUAAAAAAUAUGAAGAAAUAAACUCAUUAAGGUGAAUAAGAGAAGACUUGUUACAUUUGUCAAGAAGAUUUUAGAAAUGGAGAAUAGAUAGCCAUGAUGAAUUGUAAUCAUGGUUUCCAUGAGGAUUGUAUUGCAAAAUGGUUAAGAAUGAACAAUUCUUGUCCAGUUUGCAGAUGCAAACAAAAUUGA